AUGGUACUCGCCCAGUAUUUCAAGAAGGCCGUGGCCUGGAUCGCUCCUCCUCCGAAGAAAUCGGAAGAUGGACGUGAUCAAUGGCCCUCUCGAGCAGCCUUCCUGCUGGCGGCAAUGGGAGGCUGCGCCGGCCAGGGAAAUCUACUUCGAUACCCCUCGGUGGUCUACAACAACUAUGGACUACAAUGGUUUAUCCCCUACCUAUUGGCCGUAUUCGCCAUCGCCAUUCCGGCCCUUAUUCUCGAGAUUGCGAUUGGACAAGCCUAUCGCGGCGGGACGGUGAUCGCGUUCAAUAAUGUCAACCAUCGGUUGAAAGGCGUUGGCAUGGGUCCAAUCUUGAUCAGUUUUGUCGUCGUGCAAUACUUCACGGUCAACUUGGCAUGGAUCAUGAACUAUUUCCGCAAUUCCUUCCGGAGCCCACUGCCGUGGGAGGGCAGGAUUGAGGAAUUCUACAUGGGCGAUGUCGUCGCUAAUAUUGAUCCGGUCGUGGGCAAUCUCACUAAUGGCAAUGGUGCCGUUGCCCACUAUACCGUGUACCCCGGUGUUGCCUUGAUCGGAGAGACGGUCGGCUGGAGUGCCUUUAUCUGGUUUCUCAUAUGGAUUUCCAUCUUCCGUGGAGUGGGCCUCACAGGCCGUGUCGUCUAUUGGACGAUGGGUCUGCCGAUUGUCACCACCAUUAUAAUCGUAGGUCGCUCUUGUUCACUGGAAAAUGCGGGCGAGGGUAUCCGACUCUUAUGGGCGACAUGGAGAAGCGACCAACUAGCCUCGGGAACUGUCUGGCAAACCGCUGUCGGACAGGUCUUCUUUUCCACGGGCAUUGGUUUCGGUUAUUUCACUUCCUAUGCUUCUUACAACUCCAAACACUCCAAUGCUGUCAUGGACGCAGUUCUCAUCUGUGGAAGCAACGUCCUGUUUGAGAACUUUGCUGCCUUUGCCGUGUUCGGUGUGGUAGGUUACCUCCGACGUUGGCCACAGGAUGGCGAGAGGUUGGGUGCAUUCGUGGUCGGUUUCCUAACGCUCCCCGAGGCUGUGCUUCACAUGCCUGGUGCAAAUUGGUGGGCUAUUCUCUUAUUCUUUACCUUGGUGGUUCUCGGGUUUAGCUCGGCAUUUGUGAUGCUCGACGCGGUGGCUACGUUGGCGGUGGAUUCCGGUGUGAAGAUGUCACGGCCGAUGAUUGUGACUGGCCUCACAAUAAUGUCAUUCCUUAUGUGUUUGCCAUACUGCACCCAGUUUGGAUUCUACCUUCUUGAUGGAAUCGACCGAUGGAUUAACAAUGUGGCCUUGAUCUUUGUUGUGUGGUCUGAACUCGUUGGUGCAACCACAGUGUAUCGCUGGCACGACGUAGUCGGCCAGACAGGGCUGCCUGCUUUUGUUGUGUACAAUUUUGGAUACUUUGGUGGCCAGAUUGUCGGAGUUAGCGUCGCACACGGUAUCUCGAAUCCGUCAGCUGGCGCCGGCGCCGGGUUUGGGUUGUAUAUCGUCUGCUCGAUUAUUUCCGUCCUCAUCGCCACAACCCCGGAUAUCAAAGCCGCCAGCUUCUGGGGGAGGAGCCCUCUUCUCAGUCGAUUUUGGUAUAUAGCAUUCUACUCUGGUAAUCAAUUAAGGCGCGACCUGAACGGCGUCGUCGGCGGCAAUGGAAACUGGAACAUCCCUCGUUUCUGGCCCAUUCUACUCCGGUACGUCAGCGCGCCUAUUCUAGCCAUUGUGUUCAGCUUCGCGUAUCCUGAAUUCUAUACCCUGCGAUACGACCCAAUGAUGAUCGCCGGUUUUAUUUUGGCGCACUUUUGUUUGCUCUUGAUUCUGCUCGGUGUGGUGUUCCCACGAUACUACGACAUUUUCAUUCCAUCCCACCGGAGAGCAGAGGGUACUGAAGUGACGACCGCCAAUCAACCCAAAGAACAGGACUCUGAAUCUGGCAUGCCAGAGUCGAUUUUGAGCCAUAAGAGCUCUGAUGGGAUAGAUACUGGACCUUCUACGGCGGUACCAAAGCUAUAG